UCCUUUAGGUCUGGAAGACGGAGAGAGGGAAGAAAGAAAGCAGCAGAAGCAGGGGUGAAAGGAGGACAAAAAGGGGGCUCAUCUUUCUGUGGAGGGAUCUGACCUGCAAUCAGCUAUGUGGAGCCGCACUCUCCUCUGGAGCAGCAUCCUCCUCCUGCCUGGAGUGGUUGGAAUACCUGCAAUGCUGAAUUAUGCUGUGGCAAUACCGUCUCAGCUCUACUACCCCUUCUCAGAGAAAGUGUGCCUCCAGCUCAGCAGAAAAGAAGCAGUCCCAAUCAAUGUGAGAGUAAUCUUGCAAAGCAAAGCUGAGAACAAGACUCUGAUCCUGCAGUCUAUCUCUCAGCUCACCUUCUUUCAUUGCACAAGCUUCCAGGUCCCUCCUCCUGUUGGAAACCCAUAUGAAGUGGCUUUUAUUGUCAUCACAUUCCUAGAAGCCAACUCAGAGUUUCAGAAGAAACAGAAAGUCCUAAUCAAGCAUGUAGAAAAGAAGACUUUUAUCCAGACAGACAAACCCGUGUACAAACCUGGACAGAUUGUUAAGUUGAGAACCGUAACCUUGGAUCAGAACUUUAUUGCCAGCAGUGAACCGCAUCUCCAGGUGGAAAUGAAGGACCCCAAAGGAAACCAAAUCGCACAAUGGCUGAAUGCUACUCCUGUGGGAGGCAUUGUGGAUCUGUCCUUCCCUUUGUCUGCGGAAGCACCAGUUGGAGAAUACAUUAUCAAAACAUCUGACCACACUCAUGCCUUCAGGGUAGAGGAAUAUGUGCUACCCAAGUUCAGUGUCUCUAUCCAGAUGCCUCAAGUGGUCACCAUCUUGGAGGAUAACUUCCGUCUCCAAGUUUGUGGCAUGUACACGUAUAAGAAACCAGUCCAAGGUAGUGUGAAGGUUGUGGUGUGCCGUAAAGAUGUUCGAUACAAUUGGAAAUUUUCCAGAGCCAAGCACAAUAUUUGUAGGAAUUACAUAGGCCAGACAAACAAGGAUGGCUGCUUUGUCGCUGAGGUGAAUAAUAAGGUCUACCACCAGAAGCAUGAUGAUAAUUAUGAUUUCAACCUGGAGRCUGUGGCAUUUAUAAAAGAAAGUGGAACAGGUGUGGAGUAUAACACCACUGAAAACUGCAAGGUGACCUUUGAUAUCACGACUCUCCGAUUUUGGGGGACAAGCUAUUACUAUCAGCAAGGAGCCCCCUUCUAUGGAAAUCUGGAACUCAAAAGUGCUGAUGAGACCCCCCUGAAGAACAAGAAGGUGAUUCUCACAGUCUCCUAUGGUGACAGGAAGCAGACCAAGACCUACGUUACAGAUGACAGUGGGAUGUCUUCUUUCACCCUGGAUACUUCUGCCUGGGACAACAGCAGCAAAGUCAUUCUACAGGCAAAGACACAUUCCRAGGAGUUAAGUGGUCAAAAUGUGAGAGCGUCUUAUGGCACUGCAUCACUCACACUGAAGGCUUUCUACUCCUCCAGCCACAGCUCUGUGAAGAUACAACCAGUGCAGGCAACGCUGCCCUGUGGGGAUGUGCAGMGGGUCACUGUGCAUUAUCGCAUUCUGGCCACAGAGCUGGGGGAUGGGGCUGUCAAAGCAGAGUUCUAUCACCUGGUUUUGGCCAGAGGAUCGCUUGUACAUCAUGGCCAAACAACUGUACUUCUUGAUCCACCACUGGCUCAGUAUAGCGGGACUUUCAGUGUAUCUCUGCCCAUUGACAUCAUUUCACCAAUGGCUGCCCUCUUUGUUUAUAUCCCCUUCCCUGAGGGCCAAGUGGCAGCUGAUAGCUUCAGACUGAAAGUCUCCAAGUGCUUCAGGAACCAUGUGAAGCUUGGCUUCUCGGACACAGUGGCUCUCCCAGGAUCAGCCGUUCAUCUCCAUUUACAGGCUGCACCAGGCUCCCUGUGUAGCAUCCGUGCUGUAGACCAGAGUGUCCUUCUCCUGAGGCCAGCAGCUGAGUUAUCCAGGGACAGUGUGUACAAUAUGUUCAGCUAUCCUCAAGAGUACCCCAGUGUCAUCACAGACUCUUACAGUGACUAUUGUACUAUCCAGAAGAGUUCGGAAACCAUCACGUCCCCUCAAACCACUCUUCCAUCAGGAGCAGUGUACAACAGCUAUUCUUACGCAGUUUCCCAACCAGACGUUUACGAACUUCUGAAGAAUUCAGGUCUAACAUUCUUAACCAACCUUGAAAUCAAGUCUCCGAUUGAGUGCCACACCCAGACUACUUUCUACUACGACUACAUGUCUUAUGAUGAGCUGGCAAACUCAGACAACUUGGAUACAGAGAUAGAUGUUGCUGUUGAAGCUCCUGAGUUAGACCAUGUUGAGCUGGGCAGCGAGGCAGGGCAAGUACGUACCUGGUUUCCAGAGACAUUCAUCUGGAGUCUGGUCGCCAUCAAUGAUUCAGGGUCUGCCGAGCUACCUGUCACAGUACCUGACACUAUCACAGACUGGAAAGCCAUGGCUUUCUGCACCUCGGACAGCCAUGGUUUGGGAAUCUCAGAAACUAUCAGCUUGCAGAGCUUCAAGCCCUUCUUUGUGGAACUCACCUUGCCGUACUCUGUCUUCCGGGGAGAGUCAUUCCCCCUCAAAACCAAACUCUUCAGUUACAUGGAGCAUUGCAUGGUGCUCCAGCUUAGCCUAAUGGACUCUGGAGAUUUUGAAUUUGUGCACACAAAUAUCAGUUUCWCUACUUGUCUCUGCCCUGAUUCAGCAAAAACAUUCUUCUGGGAUGUGAAAGCAACAAAACUAGGGGAGGUAAAUUUCACUGUCACUGCUGAAGCGAUUCAACAGGAAGAUAUUUGCACUCAGAGUGCAGCUUUUGUGCCAGAGACCGGAGGGAAGGAUACAGUUGUUAAACAUCUGCUGGUGAAGGCAGAGGGACUGUUGGAAGAAAAGACUCACACAUCCUUUCUGUGCCCAAAAGGAACUUCUGUUUCACAGACAAUCACCUUCACUAUGCCAGAGAAUAUGGUCCCUGGGUCAGCAAGAGCUCACAUUCUUUUCUUAGGAGACAUUUUGGGAACAGCACUUAGCAACACAGACAAACUCCUCCAAAUGUCCAGUGGCUGUGGAGAACAGAACAUGGUUCAUUUUGCUCCUAAUGUCUUCAUCACAAGAUACCUUGAACAGACAGGACAACUGACUCCAGAAAUCAAACAGAAAGCAGUUGGCUACCUGGAAAGUGGAUAUCAGCAGCAACUCUUGUAUAAGCACACAGAUGGCUCAUAUAGUGCCUUUGGGGAAGGAAGCGAGCCAGGGAACACAUGGCUGACUGCUCUUGUCCUCAAGACAUUUAGCCAAGCCCAGGACUUCAUCCACAUAGAUAAGCAAAAUAUACAGGAUGCUGCCUUUGCCCUGAUAAAAAGUCAGACAACUUCUGGCUGCUUCCAGAGUGUGGGGAAGCUCUUCAACAAUGGCCUAAUGGGUGCAGUAGAGGAAGGACUGGGGCUGAGCUCAGUGAUCAUCACAGCUCUCAUACAUUCAGGGAUGCCACGUUCUGACCCAGUUUUGCGGAAAGCUCUGAAAUGUAUUAAAGACUUGGUCAAUGCGGAUACUGGCAGUUCAAACCUCUACAGCCUAGCACUAGCUGCAAAUGCCUUUGCAGCAGCAGGUGAUAAGGCAAUGAUGCAGAAAAUCCUCAAAAGAUUGGAUAAGUCAGCCAUAAAAUCAGAUGACCAAAUGUUCUGGAGUCAACAGUCCAAAAAGGAAGAGGAGUCCCUAGACUGGUAUCAGACAUCAUCUGUUGAUGUGGAAUUGACAUCUAGUAUCCUCAUGGCUCACCUUUCAAAGUCAAGUCUGUCUUCAGAUGACAUCAGAAAAGCAUCCCAGAUUGUGUCUUGGCUCACCAAGCAGCAAAAUCCCUAUGGAGGCUUUGCUUCAACUCAGGAUACGGUGGUUGCCUUAGAAGCCCUAGCCCUGUAUGCAACCAAGACUUUUAGCAAAGAGGGCCCUGAUCUUCAGGCUUCUCUUUCCUCUAAAGGCUUCAGCCAAAACAUCCAGAUAAACAACACCAAUCGGCUCCUUCUACAGACAGUGGAGCUGGCAACCAUUCACAGAGAGUACCAUGUGCGCGUACAGGGCCAUGGGUGUCUCUUCCUGCAGGCCAUCCUGAGGUACAACAUACCUCCCCAGAGAAACAACCUCACUUUUGCGCUGUCUGUGCAGACAGAAUGCACCUUGCCCAAUGCCACCCAGUUUCCUGUCACUGUCCACGCACGAUAUACAGGAAACCGUGUGUCCACCAACAUGGUCCUGAUCCAAAUGGAACUGCUUUCUGGAUACAGCCCUGUGGCAGAUUCCCUGGAAGAGCUAAAGAAAAUGCCUUUAGUGAAGAAAGUUGAAAGUGAAGCUGACCGAGUUAUUCUCUAUCUGGAUGAACUGACUCGCCAGCCUCAGAUCUACACCUUGUUGGUGCAGCAGAACACACAGGUCAAGGACCUUAAGCCUGCUAACAUCAAGGUCUAUGAUUACUACAUGCCAGAAGAAACUACAGUGAUGAGCUACAGUGCCCCUUGCAACUAAGGAACAGGGACAGACCCAUCCUCUGGAACCUUUAUACCACAGUCCUUUUUCAUYUAUGCUGCAGCCACCAUGUGGAGAUGAGAUGUGAAGAAAGGAAAUGUUUGAAAUCGCCUSCUGAUCAGUUAGUUUCCUAAUGGCUCAGACGGUACCUGACACUUUAUCAAAAGUCAGGAGACUCAGAUAAUCUGGCUGAAUGAUUAUCUAGGCAUAAUGUUUUUCUCCAAAAUCAGGAAAAUCAUGUUUAAGAGUACCCAGGAAAAAUCAUCAGCUCAGUUUUGUGUGCCCAUACAAGGGUAAAACUCUUCCCUUCCAACAGACUUGCACAGGAGGAGGU